AUGCUCCGCCGUUCUCCGCUGUGUUUUAUGUUUGCAGAUCGUGAAAAGGACGAUCCGGCAUUUUGGGACGUGUUUCUGUAUAAAUUAUUGAGCCGCACUGAUGUUUCCAUUACGCUAUCUUGCGAUGGGCAAGAGCAAAAUGAGCGUAUCCGUCCAAACUACAUUCUAGCAGGCUCGCCGGCUUACGUCUUAAACCAGGUUCUGCGAUUUCCCCGCGACACUGCAUCCAGAGACUCUCUUCUUCUGGUACUGCUGCAGCAAUCCAAGAGAAAUGACAGUUUCACUCAUGGCAGUAACGAGACGUUUCUCUCGAAGCUGUGUUCGAGAUACUGGCGAAAAGUUGUAGUAGCUAGUGAGAACAGAGAGAAAGGAGUGAAGCCUGCUGGCACGAGAACUAUAUCCGUAUCUCUGGUUGGCUUGGCACCAUCAAUCAGUGCUUCAAAACGUUGCGGUGACUUCGGCGCCCAUGAUUGCGUGGUUGAGCACGUCCCUUUGCUGAACGCCUCAUCUAUCCAGUAUUUAACCAGUUCGGUAUACCCCGAUAUGGUUUCAAGGCAAUUAGAUGGCUGUUUGGUGCACGCUGACAUGGCCGUCGAUGAAUCAGAUACGCUAUGCGGUAGUUCGAAAGCGCCGUCUAUGGAACACAUGAUUGUUGACAACAUCAUUACGUCUGUCGCCCAUUACCGAAACAUUUAUCUGAAGAAGAAUAAGUCAAAGGACGCUGGUUAUGGGGAUCCAAUCAACGAGACCUUUUCAGGUAGUCUUGGACGGCUGCAGAGUGGUCUGACAGACGUGGCACUAGCCGCAUACGCCCUGACACCAAAUCGAGUACGUCUCUUACAGCCCUCAGCGCCUUUCCUCGAUGUGACUUCCCGAGUGCAUGUUCGAGUCCAAUGUUCCGACACUAGUGACCAGGUCCUAUCUGUCAGUGUCAGGUAA